AUGGAAGAAACCACCACAACGACAGCCAAUCAACCAAAUCAUCGUCGAAGAUCGAGUUCCAUGUCGGCUACCAGGCAGCAACAGCAGCAUAAUAACAAAGAAACGCUCAGUCGCAAGCAUUCUGAGCGACACCAAGUAAUGAAGAUUCAAAACUAUGUCAUUUACAGAAAGACAAUUGGUGCUGGAUCAAUGGGAAAGGUCAAGCUAGCUGAAUGUCUCACAGAUGUCCACAAGCAAAAGUAUGCAGUGAAGAUUAUGCCCAAAGUGGACUUGGGUUCUAUUCCUGCAUCAGCCAAGCCAAAGGAUCCAAAAGACACGCCUGAGGAACGUGAGCAGCGCACUAUUCGAGAGAUGGCCAUCAUGCGUUUACUGAGACAUCCGAACAUUUGUCAAUUGAAGGAAUACAUUACAGAGGGAGACAAGUAUUACAUGUUUCUGGAGUACGUGGACGGCGGUCAGCUGCUGGACUAUAUCAUCAAGCAUGGAAAGUUGAGAGAGAAACAAGCGAGAAAGUUUGCCAGGCAAAUUGUAAGUGCACUGGAUUACUGCCAUCGAAAUUCCAUCGUCCAUCGAGACUUGAAGAUCGAAAACAUCCUCAUUACACAGUCAGAGCAGCUCAAGAUCAUUGAUUUCGGCCUGUCGAAUGUAUAUUCACCCACACAGCAGCUCAACACGUUUUGCGGAUCACUUUAUUUCGCAGCACCCGAGCUGCUAAGAGCAAAGCAGUACACUGGCCCUGAAGUAGAUGUUUGGAGUUUCGGAGUGGUGCUGUAUGUACUGGUCUGCGGCAGAGUUCCAUUUGAUGAUACCAACCUACCAGCCUUGCAUGAAAAGAUCAAGUCGGGUAUUGUGGAAGAUUAUCCUGAUCACCUGGGCAAAGAUUGCUUGGAUCUGUUAUCCAAGAUUUUCGUGGUUGAUCCCAGUCGUCGCAUCACACUGUCAGCCAUUCAAUCACAUCCGUGGAUGAACAAGGGCUACGAGGAGCCCAUCCGCAACUACUUGCCUCAUAGGCAGCCGCUCGAGCACAUUGAUAUGGACAUUGUAAACGGCAUGGACGGAUUUGGCCUCGGAAGUCCUCAGGAAAUCGCAGAAAAGCUGCAAAAGAUCAUUUCAUCCGCUGCGUACCAAACGGCCGCAUUAAAAAUUGAUCAAAACUUUCAGAAAAAGGUCAGCGAUGACCAGUCUCUUGCAAGCAAACCUCGUUGGAGAAGAACACUGUCCACUCGAAAGAAGACGGUGAUGCAAGAUGACUUCCAAUCGCUGCCAGCCAUGUACGACCCACUUGUAUCUAUAUAUCAUCUUGUCAAGGAAAGACGAGAAUCAGAUCAGAGAAAAAAGCAGCUACUGGAAGCAGAACCAAAUCCGCUUGCCCUCAGCAGAUCUACAAGCACAUUGGUUGUCAGCAGGCUGACAAGCGAUGCUACUGGUGCCAGCAACAAUACCAACCAUACCCGUGGAUCAUCGCCACCUCUAUCAAGCGUGACCCCAUCUCUCACCAGAAGAAGAACAUUUGAUACAUCGAAAAAGUUACCUGAUUUGCCUUUGCUCAACAAGACGUCAACCAGAGAACCUGGCACGCCCAUUCCAUCAGCAUCACUCAGCAGAAGCGAAAAAGUCAUAUCAACAACAACAUUGAUAAGAAAAAAGAGCUUGCAGACAGUGCGAAAAUUUGGUAUCAAGCUACCAGGUAGCGUACAUCAAGAAUUAUCCCCUCGCGCAUCAGCUGACGAUGCAGCAGCACCACAAAACGCCCCUAAAAAGACUUCCAAUACGAGUAUCAUUGAUUCAUCGCCUUCGUCUUCUGCUACAACGACUACAUCCAACACAGCAAACACGACAGCGACAGAUCACUGUGCUACUGCCAACAAGUCGACUAGCGCAACCAGCAUCCCAUCUACUACGCCUCGAAAAUCCAACUGGCUUAAACUCGAGUUAAGCAACAACCAGCAGCCCCUACAAAAGCGUCAGUCUACCAACUCUACAUCUUCUACAACUACCAGCAACCGUCCGUCUUGGAGAAAACUGUCGAUUAGUAGAAAGAGCACUCGUCAUUCUAUAGACCAUUCCACAAGCAAUUUACCAACUCAAAAAGAUACCAUGUUAGCGGACAAGGCUUCCAAAUUGGAUGCGCCCAUCAAGAAAUCAAAUUCAGUCUCCUCGACCACGCAAUACACUGGUAAUGGUCUCUCCUCUCAUCAGCAACAACAUCCGCAACAAGCACCACCCAAAAUCGUGAUGGUUACUAGUAAAUCAGAGCUCAUUCAAUCCUCGUCUUCCUCUCGAAAAAAAUCCAUAUCGAAUAACCCAAAAAGCUUGUUCCACUUUAACCGAGGCCAUCUUAUACGCACCACACCUACUCAAAUGAUGACAGAUCUGGUGCACGUUCUUGAGCAACUAGAUGUUGACAUUUUGGCAAAGGAGCAAUUCCAAUUCCACUGUCGCUGUGCAUACCCUGUUUGGUCAAAGUAUCUGCAGGAAGGCAAUAGCAACAACUCUGAUAAAGCACACAACAGUAACCAGCAUGGUGAUCUCCAGUUUUUGGUUAUGGUUUAUGAAGCAAGAUGGGCAGGUGGUAAGAUGGGUAUCAAAGUGAAGGAUGUGGAUGAUGGUAAUUUCCACACAAAGCAAGUGCUUCGAAACAUCUAUCAUGCUAUUCUUAGCGAUAUCAAUAGCAUUCAAAAGCGCUCUUCCUCAUGA